ACCAAAUUCACAAGAAGAAGAGGGUGAUGACAUCAUCAACUUGCGACGCUUGGUACCAGCAUACCAUGCUUUUCUUUUUGGUCAAUGUUGUAUAAAAUAUUUCUGUGAACUCCACGCGUAACGGAGAUGCUCACAAUGUGCACAUGUCGACUGGAGAAGGUGCCAGAAUCAGUGAGGUGUACUGGAUAAAGAACCCCGAACACAAAGUGAAGUACCACGAGUAAACAAGCGAAUCCAUGUCUUCAAUGAAGGGAGAUUCCCCUCUCUUUAGGCGGGCCAAGAGACGUCUGUAUUGUCCAUUGCAGCUGUGGAUGUGGCGGCAAUGGAGAGAGAAGUGCUUUGGGGGGUUUUUGAGGUGCAGAAGAUUGGUGCAAAUCAGGCGCGACAGAUCGUGUCUCAGCAUCGGGGCACAGAGAAGUAAAAAAAACUUUCACAGGUGCCCAUCACUAGUUCAGGGACAAUCGCAAAUGAAGGCAUCCACUCUUGAGUCAGACCUCGGACAUACGAGCAAAACAACACGUUUUUCGCCAGCAUCCGACUCUCCUGGCACCGUCCUACAAACCACAAGCACGGCGCCCGAAAGCAUGGUGGAAUAUCCAUUUGCAAACACAUCGGAAGUAAUACUAACUGGGCUGGAUUCUCAUGUUACGAAACGAAGAAACGGUGUUUGUGUGCUCGCUGGUGACCAGUCAGGACGAUGCACGUCUGCCUAUCAAGAAAUACUUGACGCCAAAAUCUCCAGCAAGAACAAAACACCUCCUCAAAUUGAAGUUGGCCUCUCAGAACUGACAGACCAUAUAGAUGAAUUUCUCGGCGCCUUCUUCACAAUGUACGGAACUUUCAUCCCUCUGCAGAAAAGCGAUGUGUUGAGCCACCUGGAGAAAAUGUUCAACGCCGAUUUCACUGACAGGAGAAAUUUCAUCUCUGAGGUGGUCCGACGUCGAAUCUCUUCCCCAGCGCUUUGGAAUCCUGCUCCCUCCUUCCGGGUGGUCUUCAAAAAACACACUCUGACACUGGACGAUUUGUCCACGCUGGCCCAUCAGAAUUGGCUCAAUGACCAGGUUAUAAACAUGUAUGGGGAGUUGAUUAUGGAAGCUGCCCAACACAAGGUGCAUUUUCUCAACAGUUUCUUCCACCGACAGCUCAUGACCAAGGGUUAUAACGGUGUUAAGAGAUGGACAAAGCAGGUUGAUUUGUUCUCCAAGAGUCUCCUGUUGGUGCCCGUCCAUCUGGAGGUUCACUGGUGUCUCGUAACCACAGAUGUCGUCAGAAAGAAAAUCUGUCUCUUUGACUCUCAACGGAAUGGGUUGCAUAAAGUUGCGCAGAACAUCCUCAAGUACUUGACGGCGGAAGCGAGGGAGAAGCAACGCGCAUCUUUCGUCAAUGGUUGGACCGUGUCAUUAGAUGAGAACGUCCCACAGCAAACCAACGAGAAUGACUGCGGCGUUUUCGUCUUGGAGUAUUCCAGAUGCCUUGCCUUGGCACAGCCGCUCUGUUUUUCACAGAGAAACAUACCAAAGAUACGCAAGCGAAUCUAUAAAGAGCUCUGUGAAUGUAAGCUCCGUGGAGAGGCUCAACAAUGACAUUCUGUCCCUCCUCCCCCCAAAAAACGUUUGGGAUUUCCAGUGCACGUGUUUCUGAGAGUGGCAUCAAAUUUUCAUGGGGUCGCGAGAACGUCUUCCGCCGCGUGCCGUUUUGUCAAGGACCGUAUCCUGUUUCCGAGAAACUCGACGUGGCGGCGCAGCAUGACGGUCAGAAAGCUUCUCAAACCGGCCUUCAACUGAAGUUGCAGGCGGACAAACUUUGCAAUGACGAGGCCCCAGACAGCGAGAAGUGGUCAAUGAGAUUUGACUUUGGCCCGGGCUCUCAUCAGGAAGUGUCACGUGCGUUCAAAAACUUCCACCUGACUUCACCUGAGAAGCUGAUGGUGCAUUUUAAGUUCAGGCUAAAAUUGCACUGGGAAUACCCAAAUCGCGGAACUCUUUUUUUUAGAUAUAUCAUAUUUAGAAUAAAAAUCUCACAUUACACCAACAAAUGAAAACUUGACCAAAUCAUGUACACUGAAAUCAGACCGAUCUCAUCUGAAUUUACUCAUGUGAAAUUUGGGCCCCGAUUACGCCUCACUAAUUGAUGGCUUUGAUAUUAAAAUAGCAUCAGAUGUUGGCAAAGGUGCUUUUCUGUACCCUCACAACAUCCUAUUGUUAAAUUUCCUAUAUUUUAGGGGUAUUCCCUGUUUUUCCCAUUUGUUUUUUUGUUUAAUCACGUGUGCAUCUUUUUACAAAGAAAAAGCUAAAACUGUGCUUGUUAUCUGCAACAGCAGAAUAGAAUAUUUUCUUGUAUGGAGAAGUGGACUCUGAACUCUUACAGUAUUUAUUUUUUUGUUGUUUGUAAAAUGUUAGCCCGAAUGUUACGACCAAAUUAAAAUGCAUUUACAUGGA